AUGUUGCAAAAGCCUGCGAAUCCCCGUCAACCAAUCGUACGAUUUGAUCUCGACGAGGACGACCAGCUUCUCAGAGAAGAGGCGUUGGGGGCGCUCCGAGUGGCGUUGGCCCAGGAGGCAUAUGAGGAGGACGAAGACGAGGAAAAGGCGAAGAUCCCAGAGGUCAUCAGCAGCAUCAGCAUCGCCAUGACCAUCAUCGUCAUGUUCAGCAGCAGCGACCCCAAGAAAAUCAAGAUGGGCCUUGACCUCAACCCCUCAGCCCUACGCGUCCGCUGGCCAGUCGACAACCGACUGGACCACACAUUGCUCGCGGCUCUGCAGGAUGGCAGCCUACCUGUGGCUGCGAAAGAGGGACCUGACCCCGCCUCGGCGGCACCUGACGGUUUCAAUUUCGGUUACGCUGCCCCCGACAAGUUCCGGGACCGUGCCAUCUCCAAGGAGGAGCGAAACCUGUUGGAGGCCUUUCACCGACGCAUCGCAAUCGGCUUGCAACAGCACCGGGCACUCAGCAUUGCAAUUGUGACAUCUUUGAGAAUUGAAUGGGUCGUGACGGUGGGCAUGACCAUGGAACGAAGUUUCGACGCUAUGAUGGCCGCUAGCGACGAGCUGGCAAUGAUCAAGAGGCUCUUACGUGAGUCCAACGACGAAGCCUUGUGGCACAAGCACCGCGGCAACAAAUGGAAAUGUCCACGCCGCAGCCAGAAACAUGUUUGCGCUUUGGCAUUGGUGAUCCCAAACCAGAACAACUCGAAGUACAAGAGUUGCCAGACGUCUCGUUGUGGGGGUCAGAUGACGAGCAGCCACGACCGGUUUCGGCGACAAGAUGUGGAUGCACAGGUGCUACAAGUCCGCGCUGCCACUGAGAUUCCUUAUGCUGAUGCUGGCAGUUGGUGUGACAACCAGGCGCAGGCUGACUUGAAUAUCGUUCGGCGCGGGCAGGAAGGCACAGUCACAGGCCUCUCUUCCGAUGGCAUCUUCUGGGUGCGGUGGGAGAACCUGGAUCCGCGCCCGAGGGCCGCGAGGUAUGACCAGUUGGUCAGCAAGGUGCCUGGAGAGGGCCUGUGGGGCCCAAGCUCCGUGAAUGGCCUUUGGUGCAACCGCCAGGGCCACUUAUGGAUUCGCCCGGACUCCGUCGACACGGACAGCUGCCGGUACUGCGAGGCCCCACAGCGCGGAGGCUUCCUGACAGGAACUCUGAAGCGGAUGGAUGCGGAGGUCGUGGGCAGCCUUGCUGAACAUUGGUGGCAGGGGACUGUCUAUGCAAGCGCGCCCGAUGCUCCAGAGUCGAACUACGAGCCAUUUGUGGAUGAAGUAGGGGAUAGAUUUGCGCUGGUGCCGGCCUGCCUAGAAAAGUCCUUCGAGGAGGUGCGCUGGAUGCACAUGGCGGAUGAAGACGUCGGCAUGAUCCGGGUUCGCCUCCGCGGAGCAGAUCAACUGGAGGUUCAAAUCUGCGCAAAGGACGACGUCGAGUGGAGCGACAGCCGUGGGCUGCAGCGGCACCUUCACAGUGAGUCGCCUGCAGUGGUGCUGACCGAGGUCGGCGAGCAAGGUGCGGCGGGCACAGCAUCGGAGCAGGAAGACGACAGCGUGGCAGGUCGCAGCCGAGCUCCUUCUGUUGAGAGCCUUCUUUGCGACAUCACCGUCUUAGAAACCAGUUCAUCCUUCUGCAAGAAGAGAGGCUGCCUUCUCCACCUGGAGGUCCAGACGCCCCAGAGCGGCGAGCUUUGGCACCGGGUGGUGCCACCGAAGUCAUCUCCUGCCCGGGUCGAGCUGGACAGAUCUUGGACGAGGCAGGCCGUGGACAAGGAGGUUGCCAAGACGGUCGUGGACAUUACUGGUUUGCAGCUAAACACAAGCUGCCAGGUGGAGGUGGCUUUCGUGAAGGGCACCUGCACCUCCUACCCGGGGCUGGAGGUCGAGGUCUUGUAUUGCCACCCCGUGAAGACGGUCCAGCUCACAACCGUGUCAAAAGUUUGGUACUUCCAGCAGGACGACGGAACGCAGGAGCCUUAUGGAGUCGAAGAUCAGGUCACCCUGAACUCUGCUUGGGCAGCACGACAGGGGACGAGCUGGCUGCCGGUAACCUGCAACAAUGGCUACGCGGUGGACUUCGAGGCCAUGACCCAGACGUCCAAGAACCAAACGGUGCGCCAAGUCUUCCACCGCCCGCCCAGCCUCGCCGUCGAUGCUCCAAAUGCAGAGCUCCUGCUCUCAAGCGAGGUGUCAAGCUACCGGAAACUGGCAUCUCUUCGAGACGAUGCCAGGCCGAUGCCCAGCAUCGAGCGUGUUGAGACGGCCGAGUACAUGGCCGUGCUUGCUAGGAAUGCUGAAGAGAAGGUCCUGCUGUCCUCCUUGCCGUCCUUCUCUUCGACCAUUGAGCAGGCGACCCGGAGCUUCAGCCAACUUCAAGAUGAACUCAGGGAUUCCGUGGAAUCCGCUUGCGAUGAAAAGCUUUUGCAAAGGCGUGAUGACAGUCGCAGGGAGUUGUGUGCGGCACUGGACGCCGGCGCUGCGAAGAUCGAGGAGCUACACGACUUCUUGCGGAAGGCCACCUUUUUGUUGCAGGAAUUCAACAUGCUUUCCGGCGAUCCGGCAGGGCCUCCGCGUGCCAAACCUAAGCAGGUCAAAGACAACUGUGAGAGCAACGGGAGAGGUGGAGAGAUUCAGCGGCCUUCAUGGGAGGAUGCGUUUCUGGCCCAGAUGAAGGAAAGUCUGGAGAAAUGGUUGCUUCCAGUCGACUUGGUGUCUUCAGGCUCGACCUCGGGCCCGAAUGCAGCAUAUGCGACAGAGCAAGCUCCUUUUGCUGGAUUCCUUGGGUCUCCCUUUCCUUCCACCGGCACAAGCAUUUUCUCCACUUCUGCAAGCACGGCAGCUGCGACAGCGACUGCAGGUGACCCUGGAGGUCAAGCAGGGCAGUCGGUCGUUGGAGGAUUCUUUGCCGGGGCCCAGUCACCUUUCUCGCUGGGAUCUGCAGCAAGCUCGAGCUCAUCCGGCGGUUUGUUUUCAUCCGGUUCUGUCGUGGGGACUCAGACACCUUUCUCGCUGGGAUCUGCAGCAAGCUCGAGCUCAUCCGGCGGUCUGUUUUCAUCCGGUUCUGUGGUGGGGACUCAGUCACCUUUCUCGCUGGGAUCUGCAACAACUUCGAGCUCGUCCAGCGGUCUGUUUUCAUACGGUUCUGUGGUGGGGACUCAGUCACCUUUCUCGCUGGGAUCUGCAACAACUUCGAGCUCAUCCAGUGGUAUGUUUUCAUCCGUUUCUGUGGUGGGGACUCAGUCACCUUUCUCGCUGGGAUCUGCAACAAGUUCGAGCUCAUCCAGUGGUUUGUGUUCAUCCGGUUCUGUGGUGGGGACUCAGUCACCUUUCUCGCUGGGAUCUGCAGCAAAUUCGAGCUCAUCCGGCGGUCUGUUUUCAUCUGGUUCUGUCGUGGGGACUCAGCCUCCAAGAGCUGGAAGAAGAAUUGUUCGAGCGAUGAGACGGUCCGAGGCACCAAACUCAGGUGAGAAUCAGAACCGAGCAUCCCGCGCAGUUUCGGAACGUUCCGACGAAAGACCUUCGACUGCGCUGCAUGCAAAACCCAUGGCUGACAUUGACGUGGUCUUGGCAUCUACGCCCACCUCGGACGCUGUGCCCUGCAGACCUCUACCUGCGAUUGCCCGCCAUGUGCGCAUCUUGCAGGAGCUGCGCGCCUGUCGACGCGAGCUGGCCCGCUUUGAAGCCAAAGAGGCGGAAGAAGAGGAACUGCUCAAAGCAUCCUCGGAUGCCUCUCGGGGCCGAGUUGCGGCCUCCCUGCGGAGCUUGUUGCAAGCAUUGGAGGACGCAGCCCCGAGGCCAGAUGCAGAGCCUCUGCAACUGGCGAGCUUUGAGGAUCUCUCCCGGUCAGUCGCCGCGGAGGUCGAUUUCAGGCGCAAUGCUGCACAGCGCCAGUGCAGCAUCAACGGCAUACUGGAUGCCAGUUGCAGGAAGGCAGCGGAAUUGCUGAAGGAAGCAGUGAGCGCCGCUCGCGCCGACCUGGUGGUCCUCGCUGAGAAUGCGAAUCUGCGUGAAACUCAUCUGGGCCUGCUUGGGGCCAUACCCAGCAAGGAGGACCUGUAUCGCCUCGAGGAUGCCUUGAGCCAAGCCAGAGAUACCCACGCGGAGAAUGUGGACGAGGAGCGCAAGCUGCGGCGAAAGGUGGAGACCCUGCAGCGCCGCUUGUCUGGUGCAGGGACAUCGGGGGACGCCGAGGCCGAGACAUGUUCGGCACAGCUGGCAGAGGUUUCCACCAGGAUUGCGCAGAGCCGUCUGGCAGUGCAGGCGGCCGAACGUGCAGCUCGCGAGGAGUUGCUGAGACUGGUGCGCCUGAAGACUGCACCUUGGGGUCUUCCCGAGCUACAGCUCGACGACGUCGCGGCCGAGCUCGUGGAUAUCGUCGAGGUGCUAACCCCGGGCCGGAAGUGCUCCGACUACGAAGAGCUCCGACCUAUGCCCGGCGCCGGCCGUGGUGGCGUUUUCACCGCCAGGUACGAUGGGCAGGAAUGUGUGCUAAAGGAGAUCCGUUCGAUGAGCUCUUCGGGCGCUCUCAAACGCGAGGUCCUGCAUCGAAAGAGGCUGGAUCAUCCACUGAUCGUCCCAGUCCUCGCAGCCUUCGAGGAGGAGGACAAGGGCCGCGCCAUCGCCUUCUUGCACAUGCCGAAAUACGCCUGCAACCUGGAACAGUGGUGCUCAUCGGAGCGCUUCACGCUCGCCAAGACGCGACUGGUGCUGCGGGAUCUCCUUCUGGCUGUGGCUUUCGUGCACAGCAAAAACGUCAUCCACGGAGACCUGAAGCCCACCAAUUUCCUCAUGGACGCCCGCGACCGUCCUUGUCUCACAGAUUUCGAGACCAGUCAGUGCACCGAUGCGCAGAGCUCCCGUGCCACGACGGUCCUGGUCGGUGCAACCCCAGAGUUCAUGGCUCCGGAGUUCCCAAAGCUGACGGCGGCGUCAGACAUCUACUCCUUGGGUUGCAUCUGCGAUCAGAUUCUGAAAAACUGGGCCGAGCGCUGGCCUUUGAUGGAGAAGGAACGCAAAGCACUGAGCGUGGUGGCGGCCAGCAUGAGGACUCAGCAGCCAGAAGCGCGCCCGACGGCAGUAGUGGCACUUGACAAGAUCACGCAGGCCAUCAACGUGACGGAGACGACCGUGGACAUGGCAACACCAGCAUACUGGCAAUCGCGAGAACUAGGUGCCGUAGCUGUGCGGCGUCAGGUCGCUGCCGAGGACCGAGGUACCUGGCCCAAGGACGCAACUACGCAGGAGCAGCUGACCAAAGCGCUUACGCAGACAAUGCAUUCCUCCUGUCACUCGCAGUUCUUUGCGGAGCACUGCGUACACAUCACGAGCGUCCAGCGCGUGGAGAAUGUGCAGCUUUGGCAGCGCUUUUGCGUCGCUCGGCAGGCCCUGGCGCGCAAGGGCCUGCCACCGCCCAUCAGCCCACCAGUCCGCGAUGUGUGCCCAAUGCUCGAUUCGAGCACCAAUGAGUACUGGCUUUGGCACGGUACGCGGGCAAGCAAUAUCGAGGCCAUCGUCCGGGAGGGUCUCGACGAGCAUCUCAGCCGGCUCGAAGGCCUGUAUGGAGCCGGCAUCUAUUUUUCCGACGAGGCUUGCAAAGCCCUGCAGUAUUCCGACCAGGAGGGCCCGCGCCAUCUUCUGUUCUGCCGUGUGGUUCUCGGGCGACCUUACUACACGAAGGAUGCACUGAAGUCUUUGCGGAGCUUGAAAAAUCUCAAGUCCUACCAGGAUCUGGUCGAGAAGCCAGAUCAGGAGGGCCAUUGCUCUGUCAUUGCCAAUCCUGGCGCCAUGAAGGGACAUCCACAUGGCCAGCAGUUUCAUCGUGAGUUCGUGGUCUUUGACGGUGCGGCCGUCUACCCCGAGUACAUCGUCUGCGUAGAAACCAAAGCCUCCAAGGGUCCGUGA